CCAAGGAGAGCUUCUGCCAGCUCUGACCAGAACUCAACCAAGCCAGAGAACAUGAGGCAGCCCCACAUCACUGCCCUGCUGCUGCUGCCGCUGCUGCGAUCUGGCACUGAAGGGGCCAGGACUCUGAGAGCCUGUGGGCAUCCAAAGAUGUUCAACCGGAUGGUGGGCGGGGAGGAUGCCUUGGAAGGUGAGUGGCCCUGGCAAGUCAGCAUCCAGCGCAACGGAGUCCACUUCUGUGGGGGCAGUCUCAUCGCACCAACGUGGGUCCUCACUGCUGCACACUGCUUCUCCAACACUUCGGACAUAUCCAUAUACCAGGUCCUGCUGGGGGCACUGAAGCUGCAGCAGCCAGGACCACACGCCUUGUAUGUCCCCGUGAAGCAGGUGAAAAGCAAUCCUCAGUACCAAGGCAUGGCCUCCAGUGCCGACGUGGCUCUGGUGGAACUGCAGGGGCCUGUGACCUUCACCAAUUACAUCCUUCCUGUGUGCCUUCCUGAUCCCUCGGUCAUCUUUGAGUCGGGCAUGAACUGCUGGGUCACUGGCUGGGGCAGCCCCAGUGAACAAGACCGACUACCCAACCCACGGGUCCUGCAGAAACUUGCUGUGCCUAUCAUUGACACACCCAAGUGCAACCUGCUAUACAGCAAAGAUGUCGAGUCUGACUUGCAGCUCAAAACCAUCAAGGAUGACAUGCUCUGUGCAGGCUUCGCAGAGGGCAAGAAGGACGCCUGUAAGGGUGACUCUGGAGGCCCACUGGUGUGCCUUGUGGACCAGUCCUGGGUGCAGGCUGGGGUGAUCAGCUGGGGAGAGGGAUGUGCCCGCCGGAAUCGCCCAGGUGUCUACAUCCGUGUGACUUCUCAUCACAAAUGGAUCCACCAAAUCAUCCCAGAACUGCAGUUUCAAGGGAGGGCUGGCAGCCAGCAGCAACAAAGAGACCCCCAAGGUCGGCAGCGCCUGGUGGGGAACUCUGCCCCCUGCCUGGCUGCCCAUGCAGCGGUGCUGGCUCUGGGAGCGCUGCUGCUCAGGACCAUCUAGGGCUGCCCAGCCCUGCAGGUGGAGCCCCACCCACUGUACAUUUGUAAAUACUGUGUCCCUGUCUGCCAUGCCAGCUGCUUUUAUAUAUGUUCACC